CUGUAUCAUUCUGUGCGAGAGCCAGACUCAUCUACGUGUGUCUGAUGAGGUUCAUUAAAUGUUUGACCUCUGAUGAAAACAUGACUGUAAUCCCUGAUGGCAUUUUUAACAUGUACGUGCCGCAUCUCCAAGGCACGAGCACAAACGUGUGCGCGCAUGUGUGCCUCUGUAUCAGAAUAACCGGGGCCACGGUACGUCCAUUAACGGGGGACAGCGACGUGAACGCGCGGGCUCUCUCUCUUGCGCGUUCCCGACUCCCGUCUCAUCCCGUGCUCGAUGCGCGCCUCCUCUCGAGGAGUCGAGGUGCAGUCGGAGCCCAGACGAGCGACAGCGGGGGACAGGGAAAGAUGGAGGGGAGGCUCGGGGAGAGACUCCUGUGGCUGACCGUGCUGUCCUGCGUCCUCUGUGUGGAUUUAGCCCUCGGCAAAUAUGUCAAAGGCAUCGUGGACACGAAAGAGGACUGGGUGUUCCUCACUCGAUUCUGCUUUCUCACUGACUUUGGACGCUUGGAUUUCCGGUUCCGAUAUCCAAAGUCCCGAUGCUGUCAAAACAUACUGCUGUAUUUCGACGACACCUCUCAAUGGCCCGCCGUGUACAAGAGGCCAGAAAAGAACUGCUACCAGAAGGAAGCGGUGCUGCGCCCGGAGAACAACCAAGUCAUCAACCUGACCACGCGCUACACGUGGUCGGGCUGCAUGGUGGAGGGAGAUGGGAACGAGGAGGUGCUGAGUUGCGUAGGAGGGCGCAGUUUUCGCUCGGUGAGGGAGAGGUGGUGGUACAUCGCACUCAGCAAAUGUGGGGGGGAUGGACUGCAGCUGGAGUAUGAGAUGAACCUGACCAAUGGGAAGUCUUUUUGGACCAAGCACUUCUCUGCGGAUGAGUUUGGGAUCUUGGAGACUGACAUCACCUUCCUGGUCAUCUUCUCCAUGGUGUUCCUGCUCUCCUGUUACUUCGCCUACAAUCUGAAGGGGAGACAGCUUCUUCACACCACCUACAAAAUGUUUAUGACAGCAGCAGGUGUGGAAGUGCUCAGCCUGCUGUUCCAUUGUGUCUACUGGGGCCUGUACGGGCGAGAUGGAGUUGGCAACGGCAGCCUCAAAUUACUCGGGAAAUUACUUUUCUCUGUCAGUUUCCUGCUCUUCCUCCUCAUGCUGAUCCUGCUGGGCAAAGGGUUCACUGUCACCAGGGCAAGGAUCAGCCACAGCGGCUCAGUCAAGUUGAGUAUCUACAUGACGGUCUACACCAUCACUUACGUCAUCCUGUUCAUCUAUGAAGCAGAGUUCUUUGACCCAGGAGAGGUGCUGUACGCCUACGACAGCCCGGCAGGAUACGGCCUGAUGGGUCUGCAGCUGCUGGCUUACGUGUGGUUCUGUUACGCAGUCCUGGUCUCACUCAAGCACUACCCAGAGAAACAGCCCUUCUAUGUGCCCUUCUUCACUACCUACACACUAUGGUUCUUUGCUGUGCCGGUGAUGGCGCUGAUCGCUAACUUUGGCAUCCCGCGGUGGGCCAGGGAGAAGAUAGUCAAUGGCAUUCAGCUGGGCAUCCAUCUCUACGCGCACAUCGUCUUCCUUGUCAUAACCCGUCCAUCAGCAGCCAAUAAGAACUUCCCAUACCAUGUUCGGACAUCCCAAAUCGGAAUCCUGCUGUCCAGUCCGAAAGCAGGAGAGGGUGCCGAGAGUUUCCCCCAUCACGCUUAUGGGAACAGCUCCUUCCUUGGCGACUCGCAGCCCAACUUCACAGAGCUCUUUUCCAUCCAAUCAGAUCCAGUGAAGACGGUUGAAGAGAUGGUGACACGUAAAGGACAGGAAGUACCAAGGAACAGCGAGCAGAAGAUCAUCACCACGGCAGCAGAUCUGACAUCAAUACUGCCCCCUCCUCCUCCCCCCAUACCCCCUCGACCCACCGCACAACACUCUCCCCCACUGCCCCCUCGCCUGCCUUCUUUCACCGAAUACUUCAGCAUGCAAGGUGGAGGGGGGGGGGCUUUUGGUACCAAGGCAUAAGACACACGUGAGACUGGGGAAUGGGGGAAAUGCAUGGGAAAAGGUAGAAAGACUUUAUUGUGUUUUUCUAAGACACAGCCAAAUAGAUUUAGGAAGAUAAAUCAUUGGAAAAGAAGAAAUAGUUUUUCUUCACCUGUGACUGGACAGAACCUGAAGUGCAACAGAAUUGCCGCAAGAUAGAAGCGCUGGGCUUUUUAAAGAAUAAAGAAGCAAUAAAUAUUUGAUGUUGACCAGUAAAAGGCACAGAGGGGAAAAAGAUGACAAAGUGGAUGUAGCCGGAGCAGUCCAGCGAUAGCGGUGCAGCCAGUGGAAAUGAACAAAAUUCUGAAAUACUUCUCAUUCAAAAAUUCAUGAGGCAUCAGCAGUGUGCUUGGAAGACUGUGUAAAUAGCUCAAAAUGGAUCCAGCUGCCACUAUAGAUUUUUUUUUUCUUCAAAUUUUGAGAUACGUUUUCUUUUUCUUUUUUUGGAUUAAAUUCUGGUUGGUGCUGUGACCAUCAACAUAUUUUAGCAUUACUUGUAUAUAUAAAAUGCUUCUCAUUGUUUGGCAGAUUUUGACAAAGAGCAAAUAUGAAUUUUUUUAACGAUGUCUUAAUUAAGAUGACUUUGUUGGUUAGGUUUAUUUUUAUUUGAUGAUUUGAUAUGGUAAAUGUUUAUGUAAGAUGUCACCUUUGCUGUGGACACUCCUAGUAAAACACGCAUGUUUGUAUUGUAUUUCCCCUCCAAAAAGGGGAUCCAUGUAAUUCCUGUGACCAUACAGUAAUAGCUUAUUGUCUGUAUUGAAAUGGUAAUUUGUAAAUACAUACAGUAGGCUUCAAUAUAUUUUUAACAGGAUAACAAAUUUUAUUGCGAUAAACCAUAGAGACAGUGUUAUAAUUGUAUUUUUUAUUUCUGGAGUGAAGAUUAUGCCUGCUCAUAAUUUAUGGUAUGUAGACAGUGAAUGUACUGAUGCAAUACAGCACAAAGAUAGGAGAUAAAAAGUGUUUAUUUAAAAUACUUAUAUAAAAGUAGGAUGACGUUAACCUUGCCAGCCAUCCUAUUUCAUUAAAAAUAUUUGAUCCCAAAAGUGAAUAAUUUAGUACAUAACCCAGCUUUAUUGGGAGAGAAUCCUAACCUUUUCUAACUGCAAGAAUGGGUCUGGCUGACCAGUCUAAGCGCCAUCCCUCUUUCAUGGGAAUUCUUCACUGCUGUCUAUUUCCACAAACAUUGAGUUUUUUAUACAACUGAAUGUUCAAAUGUGCAAUACAGUGAUCAUUUGUAGUCCCUUGUAUCCAGCUGUAGAUGGACUCUGAAGACCGCUACACUUCUGUACAUUCUGUCUGUCCUGCAUGGAGCACUUUAAUGUUCCUCGUCUGAGUCAGUUUCUUUGUGAUGUCGCCUUAUAGGACUGCUUUAACACCUGUAUUAACAUCACUACUAGUAUUCCACACUCACUAUUGUAAAUACCAGCAAAACUUCAUCGUCUGGUGUUUUUCUAUUAUGAUGUGAAGAAUGCUGUACAGUGUCAGGAUGAAAAGAAAUCUCCACCAGCCUUCUCCAUUAUCAGUCAAAAUGAUUAACCUUGACCAGCAUGUAAUCAUGUGUUGGUAAAGCACUGUACUACCAUCAACUGCAAGCAAGCCCUCUGAUUUGUCCUUGAUAAUGUAAUUGGAGUACUAAGAUGUUAGGACUGUGGUGUGUCAUUUGUGAGAGUGUAGUUUGAGGUACUAAUCUGUGAAAGCAAAUGAUACUUGAAUUAAGUGCUAGUUGUUCUUUUUGGUUAUGUGUCUGGUUUAUAUACGGCAUGUGAGCCAUUUUGUCUGCUGUUUGCCUGUUACAAUUGCCAUAAAAUGACUGAAGAAAGACAGAGGAUGACAUGACAGACAGGCGCACUGACACCGCCUCACCCUUGUGUAUACUGACAUCCAGUGACAGGAGUGGGGCACUUAGAAGAGCAGUGAAGAAGAGGUAAUGUAUGCAUGAGAAGAAGAGCACAGCUUUUAGGCUCCUCAGAGCGACCUUGUUAAGAGCACAUCACAUAAGCACUGUUUAAAUACAUUUUAAUGGUGUUCAGUGACAAUUCUGAAUAUUCUGUACAUAUACUUUUGCCAAAAUAAAAAUGUUUUAGUAAAGU